UGGCGGUGGGCGUCGAUGGUCGUGUACGAGCGGCGUGGCGUUCGGGUCAUCCAGAUGGCGGGCACAAACGUCGAGCGCCGCGGGCAGAUCGGCCGACUUACUCGGACGUUGUUGACGGUAGUUUGUCUCCGAGCACGUGUGCGGACGGUCCUUCUCCCCUUCGGGCCGCCUCGACGUACGCGUACACCGUCGUGUUUGAUUUUCAUCGCCACCAAUGAGUUUUCCSGCGACCAUGCCGAGCGGAUUUCCGGCGGUUUUCGCCAUCGUUUUAUCCACAUUGGCCGCACUUCAGCUGUUGGCCGCCGUAGGUUCAAACUUACCGACUCCAAAGACGGAUUCGACAAAAAUGGAUCCCAGAUUCAACGGAACGUUACAGAACGUAACAGCCACGGUUGGCCGGAGGGCCACUUUAUCGUGCACCAUCGAAAACUUAGGGGCACACAAAAUCGGUUGGAUGAAAGCCGAAGAUCAAACAAUAUUAACGUUUCACGAGCGUGUAGUGGCUUCAAAUGGUCGAUUCAGCGUAAGUCAUGAGAACUACAGAACUUGGUAUUUACAUAUAAGAGACGUGGAAGAAACUGACAAAGGCUGUUAUAUGUGUCAAGUAAACACAAUCGAGAUGCAAAAACAAAUCAGCUGUUUAGACGUCUUGGUGCCACCGGAYAUAAUCACAGAUGAGUCGAGUCCCGACCUCACGCUGAUGGAGGCAGAGAACGCUACCCUGUCGUGUCACGCCACCGGCAACCCCGAGCCGAAAAUCACGUGGAGGCGCGAGAACAAUCAACCACUGAUGCUGCGCACUGGUUCUAGGGACUUGGUCAAGCCCACGGUCGAUCCACGCUGCAAUAUUCACUCUCAYGACCGUAAUCGUCAGUGUCCGCAGCCGCAAAAAAGUUUUCGUAGAACUUCCGAGACGGUUGUGGCGGUGGAUGUGGGACUUCGUACCGACGAAUGA